AUGGAGUCGAUUUCACCCUUUUACUCUAUGUCCACCGAGGUGCGGUACUCUCCCCCAUGGCAGGAUUUGAGUAUCAUCGGCAUUGCUGGUAGCUCCGGCUCGGGCAAGACCUCUGUGGCCAUGGAAAUCGUCAGAUCAUUGAACUUGCCUUGGGUGGUGAUUCUUGUAAUGGACUCGUUUUACAAGACCUUAUCUUCCGAGGAACACCACAGGGCUCAUGCAAAUGAUUAUGACUUUGAUUGCCCAGACUCGAUCGACUUUGACCUUUUGGUUCAAACACUCCGGGACCUCAAGAAAGGAAAAAAAGCCAACAUCCCGGUUUACUCUUUUGCUGAUCACCAGCGCCAACCUCAAACGACAACCCUCUAUUCUCCCCGAGUGAUCAUCCUUGAGGGUAUUCUGGCACUGCAUGAUCCCAGAAUUGUGGAGAUGCUUGAUGUCAAGAUAUUCGUCGAAGCUGAUAUGGAUGUGUGCUUAGGUCGCAGAAUUCUUCGUGAUGUCCGCGAGCGAGGGCGUGACAUUGAAGGCAUUGUCAAGCAGUGGUUUGAUUACGUGAAGCCUUCUUACACAAAAUUCGUGGAACCCCAACGCUCCAUCUCAGAUAUCAUCAUCCCCCGCGGCAUUCAAAACAAGACUGCCAUCGAUAUGGUGGUCAAACACAUCCAGCGCAAGCUUCAAGAGAAGUCUGAACAUCACAGUGAAGAGCUCCACAGACUAGGAUUGAUUGCAGCCAAGGUAGAACUACCUUCUAAUGUGCACGUGCUACCUUCAACUCCACAGUUUGUUGGUAUGAAUACCAUAUUACAGAACCCAGAGACCGAGCAAGAGGACUUUGUCUUCUACUUCGAUCGACUAGCGUCAAUUUUGAUUGAAAGAGCUUUGGACAUGACCACAUAUGUCUCGGCAAAUGUGGAAACUCCACAAGGAAAUACAUACCUUGGCCUGCACCCCAAAGGAGCCGUCUCUGCCGUGGCCUUGCUGCGUGGAGGAUCAUGCUUGGAAACAGCACUCAAGCGAUCUAUCCCUGACUGCAUCACUGGCCGCGUACUUAUUCAAACAAACGAAAGCAACGAAGAACCCGAGCUGCAUUAUCUAAAGCUUCCAUCACACAUCGAGGAGCACUCCACGGUCAUCCUCAUGGAUUCACAGAUGACUAGCGGCAGUGCCGCGCUUAUGGCUGUUCGUGUUUUGCUCGAUCACGGAGUAGCACAGGAACGCAUUGUCUUCGUGACUUGUGCGGCAGGUGAACUGGGCCUCAAGCGACUUGUCGCUGUGUAUCCCAAGAUCAACGUGAUUGUUGGGCGUAUCGAGGCAGAGGGAGAGCCUCGCUGGAUAGAGAAGCGAUACUUUGGAUGUUAA